UAGACUUCUGUUUAACGUCACUACGCACAGUAGGCGAGCUACAGCAUGGAGACUGUCUCACCCUGAGACAACUGAAGGAGAGAGGAGAUAGGGAGGAGAGAAACAUUUACAUGCACAGGUUUUUUGGUUGUCUAUUUUGUCAGAGACUCCUCUCUGGGAUUAUAAAAUCAAACCUGGCUUUUGUCUGUUGGCUGCAACAAGAAGCGAAAAACAUUAUUUGUCUUUCGAUACCACUUGGAGCCGCUUGGAUCUGAAGGAAGGAUCUACAGCAGAUUCAAUCAGAAGCCCAGGGGACCUCUGCACACAGGAAGGAUUGAUUUUUUUUAUCAAGAGGGAUUUGCCAUUUUAUGAUUUGAGAUUUGUUUUGUUUUUUAUAAAGCUGGAAUAUUUGCAUUAAUCACUGACAAGAAAUAGACCUCGACUUGGAUCUAUUUUCUCAGCGCCGGAAACAAUUAUAUUGAUCACACUCAACUUGCAUAUUUCUUUUCUCAGGGCUUCAGUAGGUCCUGGGCAUUUUUUUUAAAUAUAUAAUAAUUAUAAAAACUUAAUUAAGACUUUUUUUGCUGAUACAGCUUGAAGACACAAAGAUUUAGCCAUGGAGGAGAGGAGACGAGCGGGCUACAGCGUUCAGAGGGAAAUCCUGGACGAAGGAGCCGUGGAUGAGAUGGCAGAAAAGUCAGACUCAAAAACAUCUUUGUCUGAGAAGCUUAAAAAGUCAAUGAGGUGUUCUGGUCCCAGGGUGAAGAGCUGCCUGCUGGGAAGCUUUCCUGUUGUAUCGUGGCUGCCUCGGUACUCGAUCAGAGAAAACGCCCUGGGUGACCUGGUCUCUGGAAUCAGUGUGGGAAUCAUGCAUUUACCGCAGGGUAUGGCCUAUGCCCUGCUAGCAUCUGUUCCUCCAGUCUUUGGCCUUUACUCCUCCUUCUACCCCGUCCUUAUCUACUUCAUCUUUGGCACCUCCAAGCACAUCUCAAUCGGAACAUAUGCGGUGAUGAGUGUGAUGAUAGGAGGGGUGAUAGAACGAUUAGCCCCAGACUCCAACUUUAUGGAUUGGGACAAUGUGACCAACUCUAGUCAUGUCAACAUUGACUUACGGGAUGCAGAGAGGGUCCGAGUGGCAGCAGCAGUAACCUUCUUGUCUGGAAUAUUUCAGAUUAUACUCGGUCUGGUCCAGUUUGGUUUCGUUGUGACCUACCUGUCUGAACCGCUGGUCCGAGGUUACACCACAGGAGCUGCCAUCCACGUCAUCGUGUCCCAGCUCAAAUACACCUUUGGCAUCAGCCCGAGGAGAUUUAAUGGACCCUUCUCGUUGAUAUAUACUGUGUUGGAGAUAUGCUCUAUAAUUCCAGAGACAAACAUUGGUACUCUUGUGGUCAGUAUCGUCGCUAUAAUCGGCCUCAUGCUCGCUAAAGAGCUCAAUGCUUACUUGAGUAAAAAACUACCUGUUCCUAUACCCGUAGAGCUGAUUGGUAUCGUUGUUGCAACAGUGAUCUCCUGGCAGGUUGACUUGCGGACUAAAUAUGGAGUGGACGUGGUGGGACUGAUUCCCUCGGGCCUCCAGCCGCCGGUUCUCCCGACCGCCUCCCUGUUCGGUCAGGUGAUCGGGGAUGCCUUCGCUCUGGCUGUGGUUGGCUACGGCAUCGCCAUCUCACUGGGAAGGAUCUUCGCCCUGAAAUAUGGAUACAAGGUGGACAGCAACCAGGAGCUCAUUGCCCUGGGUCUAAGUAACUCCAUCGGGGGGAUUUUCCAGUGUUUCGCCAUCAGCUGCUCCAUGUCCCGCACCAUGGUUCAGGAGAGCACAGGGGGAAAGACUCAGGUUGCUGGAGCUCUUUCAGCCAUAAUUAUCCUUUUCAUCACGCUCUGGAUUGGAAGACUCUUUGAAGAUUUGCCAAAGGCAGUGCUGGCCGCCAUCAUCUUUGUUAACCUCCAUGGCAUGAUAAAGCAGUUCUUGGACAUCCCUGCGCUGUGGAGGAGCAACAAAGUAGACAUGCUGAUCUGGGUGGUCACCUUCAUAUUCACCAUACUCUUCAACCCUGACCUGGGACUGGCCGCUUCCAUCGGCUUCUCCAUGCUCACCGUCAUCUUCAGGACUCAGCUACCAACAUACUCCAUUUUAGGGCAGGUCCCAGACACUGACAUCUACAGGCCGCUGGAGGGCUACAACCAGGUGAAACGGGUGCCAGGGAUUCUGAUCUUCCGUUCCUCUGCCACUCUCUACUUCGCCAAUGCUGAGAUGUACCAGGAAGCCCUUGGAGAGAAAUCCGGUAUCGACAUUACCAAGUUCCUGUCAGCAAAGAAGAAACUAGAGGCCAAAAGGAAGAGGCAUGAGAAGAAAAAUGCCAAAAAAGCUGCAAAGAAUAACGCAGUGGACAUGGAGGAGGUGCCAGAGAGGGAGGAGAAGAAGGACAUAGCCAUCAUUGAGGUGGAGGAUGAGCCCGACCCCUCUCUCCCCAGAGCCAUCGUCCUCGACCUCAGCCCCGUCAACUUCCUGGACACUGUGGGGGUCAAGGCGCUGCGCAGUAUCCAGAAAGACUACGGGGAAAUCGGUAUAGAGGUUGUCCUCGCUGGCUGCCAAACUGGUGUGGUGGACAACAUGCAGACUGGAGGUUUCUUUAAUGACAAAGUGACAAAGGCCUGUCUCUUCUCCUCCGUCCAUGAUGCCGUUUUGCACUGUCAGUCUGCCAGGACGCACAGCCAAGAUGAGGCCAUGUACUGUGAGAUCCCAUCGACACACUUGUGAGCUGUGAGAGGAACGAUGGAGGUUAAUUUGAAGAAGUGACAGAAACUGUGUCAGUAUGAGCAUUUUAUCCAGUGAGCUCCACAAUUCUAGGAGUCACUUACACUCCAACUUGCAGUCGCACACAUUGUAGCAAAGACAAUUACAACUUAGUACAAACAUGCAGUCAAAAAUCGAAUAAUAGCUUAAGCACACACACACAUUAAAAAACAUUAAAUUAGUUUGACUUUAUUCAGUAACAAAGCAUACUUGCUUGGAGGGUUUAUGUAUGAACAAAUCUGCCAAUGUUCAUGUACUGAGUCACAAGCCUUUAAUUGAAAAGGAUUGUUAUAAUCCUUUCCUGUGAAGAUGUGUGAACUUGGUGACGCAACAACAGGAAAUAUCCAAAUACCUCUGGACUGAUGAAACUGAUGCCUCCCAUAUGGAAGCAGGGUGUUCUCCCUUCCUGUCUCACUGCGACCAGCAGCUUCAAUCACAACCAGGCUCCCGUCCGCACGUUGUUUAUUUCCAAAUGUGUUCAGGGAACUUGUUUAUACUGUAUAAGGAGUUGUUGAUGAUGCUCAUUAUAGUAACUCAAGCAGAGAGAAUGUAGCAGUAGGAACGAUCACAGAGGAAAUCAAACCCACAACCACCCCAGAUGUUCCCAUAUUGUACCAAACAAUAGAUAAUAUUGUUAACCUGUUGUGACCGUGAGUCUCUUAAGAACAUUAUUUUUUACAGAUACAAUCCAUUGUGUGUUGAUUAGAAAAUGUAAAGCCACACAUGGCCAUGGAAACGCAAAUAUGAUUCAGAAAUUGAUCACUUUCAUGUUCGCUGUUUUAUUUUUGGAAGAAUAAGAAAUGUCUAUAAACAGUUAGAGAGGUGGAUAGAGAGUCAAGUCCACCACAAAGAUUAUCAACAACAGCAGUCCUCUGGUAACUGAAACCAGUAACAAUGAGUCAUUGUUUAUUGGAAUUGUAAC